AUGUCUAAACGUUAUCUGGCGUCCAUAGAUAACGAAUCCAAUAAUAGUUGGAAGGGAACCUCUUAUAUUCCUGAAGAUACCAGUCUUAUUGAUCACAGAAUGUAUGAAGGUGCCGGCGGUCAAUCGCCUUUAACCAAGGGUCCCCCCUUGAGUACAAGUGCUGAGGGAGUGAGAAUUGGGCUGCCACGAUUAAACUCAAGAAGAUUACUGCUAUCAUCUGGUAGGCAACUGUUCCAAGGUAGAAGACCCUCAGUAGCAGCAGAUCAGAAUACUCCCCUACUUUCACGAGCUCAAGAAGGCAACAGUUAUUUUGCUACGCCUGGUAGCGACUCUACGAAUACUCCAGGUAGAGGACGAAGAAGCAGUCAAUUGCCUUUAACGGAUAAGAAUCUUCAAUUGUUGUUGAAAGAAAAUAAAGACGAGGCCCCGUUGAUAGCUAAUGUUCCCACUAGAAAGGCUUUGAAUGGUGGCGGUGGUGUUAGUGGUGAUCGAAAAAAAAUCAGUAGACGGUCCACUAUUGCUGGAGAAUCAUUGGGUGGCCGAGGCGAUGUUAUACUAGAUAUGGAUGGCUUUGAACGAAGUCGGAGACAUAGUAGAACCAAUAGAUGGCAUGACCCCUUCCAUCCCGACGUGGAUUUGGAGAAUAAUAUUGGACCCUUUGAUGAUGAGAUGAUCGGCUUUGAUAACGGGGCCAAUGAUAACUAUAUGUAUGAUUUUGGAGAGAGAUUUGGCUCUGAUAGUGAAAACGUUGGAGAUCAGAACUCUUUAGAGUUUGGAGAAUCGAAUCCUUCAUCUGAUCACUCACUGGACUCAACUUCACUUGAUGAUGUUUUCAUAGAUGACUAUUAUCAUCCGAAACCGGGAACAGAUGCUGCUGCAAGACUGUAUAAUGAAUGGCCAGACUUGACCGUGUUAACUGAAUUCAUUAAAGAAGAGUUUGAUGAAUACGCACAAGAGUUAGAAGACGAAGAAGGUCUGGAGGGGAAUGAAGAUAAUGAUAUCGAUUCUGAUCCCAAUAGACAAGUGAAUUUCAAUGAUGAAACAGUCAUUCACCCGAAAACCCCCCAUGAAGUCGAAGCAUUUCCUUCAUUAAUUAAGCGGAAAGAUCUCUUAGAUAGAGUCAAGAGUCCAUCUCCUACCACAACUCCACCUCCACCGCUGUUGCAAAGUAAACAAGUUAACGAGAUUGAACACUAUCCUACUUCAAGAAUCAGACCAACCCCCAUUCAACCUUGGCAAAAGUCGAAAACAAAUUUGAUAUUCAACAACAAAAAGAGUGGGAGGUUCACUUACUUCAGAGAAGAUUUAGAGAAUACCAUUCAUCUGACUUGCAUGAGUGGGUUGAUCUAUGCAGAUGAUACCAGGCUUCGUGAUUAUACUAGUGAAGUUAUAGAGUCGAAAUUAAAGGACCUAUUUGUUGUUAGUCAUUAUAGUGGUGGUGCACAAGACGAAGAUUCAAAGACUUCACCACCUGAGGUUGAAGCUCUUCAGACAGCCGUUCCUCCCAGUACAACCAGUUCAAGUGCAAGUGUUGUUGCUGGUGGUGGUGGUGGUCUAUCUGUGGCAUCUCCGUUGCCUGGUGGGUUUGCCAAUGCUAGUAUGAUUGGAAGUAUGGCCCCAACUACAGUUGCCUCUAGUAUUAAUAACGAGAAGGAUGAGAAACUUUUUGAUCAUACAGCCGUUAGUCUACCCAUAUCUACUGAAGAAUUGAAGGAAUGUGAGACUCCUUUCUGGUUGGAUGUCUUGGACCCAACAGAAGAAGAAAUCAAGGUUUUAUCCAAGACUUUUGGGAUCCAUCCUUUAACCACAGAGGAUAUCUUUCUUGGAGAGGCUCGUGAGAAAGUUGAACUAUUCAAAUCAUAUUAUUUUGUGUGUUUCACAUCUUUCGAUGUUGUUUAUGAACGUCGGAAGCAACGGGCAAAGGAACAUGAGAGGAAAAUGCAGAAACUUCAAGACAUGAUGGAUGAGCAGAACAAAGGGAUACUUACAAAGGUCUACAAUUGGUUUGCCAGGAAGGGAAGUAAUGGGCCUUAUAAUACUAAUCUGGAGGAUCAUAAUAAUAAUGAUCAAUCAUCAUUAAAGUCGAAAGCAGCUAAAAGGGUUAGAGAUGGUGAAUUGCAACCUUUGAAUAUGUACAUGAUUGUGUUUAAGAAUGCUGUGAUUACUUUCCAUUUUGGUCAGACUCCACACCCCAUCAAUGUUAGAAGAAGAGCAAGAUUGUUGAAAGAGUAUUUGAAUGUUUCUGCUGAUUGGCUUUGCUAUGCGUUGGUUGAUGACAUUACUGAUUCGUUUGCUCCAUUAAUAGAAAGCAUUGAAGAGGAGGUGAAUUCUAUUGAAGAUUCCAUUUUGAAAAUGCAUUCUGGGGAAAUAGACCUGGACGAUGAUAGUGAUGAAAGUGAAGAUUCAGAUUGUGAACCUAUCUCACCAGGAGGCAGGAAACCUACUAAACGUUCUAGUCAAGUAAUGGCUGGUGCUGGUUCUGGUGCUUUACGUCGUCGUCGUGGGAGUCAUACGGGAGGUGGACCAACAGGAUUAGGAAGGGAUUUCGGAGUAUUUUAUCGUAUGAAACGGUCCAAAUCUACUAUUGAAUAUGGUUCAGUUAAAUCAUGGAGUACUAAAAAGUCCCGUUCCACAAACACAUCUUCUACUACUUCAUCCAAGAUUCUUGGGUGGAGACGUAAAGGAGACAUGUUAAGACGAAUCGGAGAAUGUCGGAAACGGGUCAUGUCUGUUCUCAGAUUACUCACUUCUAAAGCUGAUGUCAUUAGAGGUUAUUCCAAAAGGUUUAGUGAGACUAAGAAUGGUAGUCGUAGUGGGAAUGAAAUUGGGAUGUAUUUGAGUGAUAUUCAAGAUCAUAUUGUCACUAUGUUACAAUCAUUACUGCAUUACGAGAAACUACUUGCCAGGUUCCAUCUGAACUACUUGGCUCAGAUUAAUAUUGAUAUGACUAAAGUUAAUAACGAUACUAAUGAUGUCUUGGGGAAGAUUACCGUUUUGGGUACUAUUGUGCUUCCUAUAAAUGUUGUUACUGGGCUUUGGGGUAUGAACUGCAUAGUGCCUGGUCAAGAUGUUGAUAGUUUAGCAUGGUUUUGGGGGAUCAUUACUGGGAUGAUUUUGUUUAGUAUACUUGCAUAUCAUUAUGCUAUGAGAGUUUAUGGCUUUUAA